AGAGACAAAGGAGAGGAAUGCCUCCAGGGAUAUGAGACACCAGGAACAAGCCAAACCACAUUCCUAGGUGAGGGUGUAAGCUGAUAGCUUCAUCCUUUAACAAGCCAGAUCAAGCCAAACACUUGGAACCAGAGCACACACAGUCGCACAACUGCUCUGCACAGCAACACAUUGGAAGCUCUGCUGCAUCUGCACCAGCAACGCUACUGUUUAAGGAAGAAUAAAAUGGGGAAAUGGCUGCUUUAUGUGACCACUCUACUGCUUUUUGUUUCACCGCACCCGUCACUAUCCAACAUCACCACAGCUGCCCCUCCUCUAUGUGGCAGUCCAGUGUUUUCAAGUAGGAUUGUUGGAGGAACUGACACUAGGCAAGGAGCAUGGCCUUGGCAGGUCAGUUUAGAGUUUAAUGGCAGCCAUAUUUGUGGGGGGUCCAUCAUCUCCGACCAGUGGAUUCUAACAGCGACCCACUGCAUUGAACACCCUGAUUUACCUUCUGGUUAUGGAGUCCGUCUAGGCGCCUACCAGCUGUAUGUGAAGAACCCUCAUGAGAUGACAGUCAAGGUUGACAUUAUCUACAUUAACUCAGAGUUUAAUGGCCCUGGCACAAGUGGAGAUAUUGCUUUACUGAAGCUGUCUAGCCCCAUUAAAUUCACAGAAUACAUUCUCCCAAUAUGCUUGCCAGCUUCUCCAGUCACCUUCUCUUCUGGGACCGAAUGCUGGAUAACAGGAUGGGGACAGACUGGUUCUGAAGUUCCACUGCAAUAUCCAGCAACUCUUCAGAAGGUGAUGGUGCCCAUCAUCAACAGGGAUUCAUGUGAGAAGAUGUACCAUAUCAACUCCGUCAUCAGUGAGACAGAAAUUCUGAUCCAAAGUGACCAGAUCUGUGCCGGCUACCAAGCAGGACAAAAAGAUGGCUGCCAGGGAGACUCAGGGGGACCACUCGUCUGUAAAAUACAAGGGUUCUGGUAUCAGGCUGGUAUUGUGAGCUGGGGAGAAAGAUGUGCCGCUAAAAACCGUCCUGGUGUUUAUACUUUUGUUCCAGCUUAUGAAACAUGGAUCUCUGAACGCAGUGUAAUUAGUUUCAAGCCUUUCACAUCGUCAUCAUCACCAUCAUCAUCAUCAGUUCUCAGGGCAUCAGCCAUCUUACUUGGAGUCAGUUUGCUUUUGCAUGACUGGUGAAAUGUCGGACCUCAGAUAACAUUUUUGAACUAUUUUGGACUGAAAAUGAGUUUCAUUUACUGGAAACUUUUGUGAUGAAACCAUGCACGUCUAUGGGGCUUUGUUGUGAUGUGCACCAUUAGACUGACCAAAAAAUGUGAACUGUACAGUAUUGCAGAUUGGGGAAUAUUUUUUUUUUUUUUCAACCUUGCAAAAUCCACUCGUUUUUGCAUCUUGACAAAGUUCAAGGUUGUUUGAGGCUUGUUUCAAGAACGCAGGUCAGUUACAGCCAAUUGACUUCUAAAAUUGAUAAUAAAUAAUGGUAUAAAUUGCAAGAAACAGAAUACUAUAAAUGCUUUAUAUUUGUAUUAUUUCUGUGCUUAUUUUUGCACAUUUGUAAUGUGCCAAGACUUCCCACAAUGCUGUGCAUUUGUGGCAAUAUGUGUGUGAACCGCACUUGUGAGAGCUGAUAGUACUCCAAAUAAAUAUAAAAAACAAGCAUAUUUAAGCUGCAAAAUACAAUUUUGUGAUAAUGAAAUGAAUUUGUCAGCAAAAAAAAGUAAUGAGCACAAAUUAAUAUCAGCAGAGAUGUAUUAUAAAUUAUGUUAGCACAGAAUUCUCUAAAUUGCAAACGUUAUUUUUCUACUGUAUUCAGAGACGACAUUUUUGUUUAAAAAAUAAAUCAGGAUUGCAUUGUG